UCGGGGGAAGAAGUGACAAUUCUCAACUUUCACUCUCGGCCAAUUAGCUGACGAUGCUGCAGAACACUUGCUGUUGCUACGCCUGACAUGCGGCGCCCGAGCAACAUCUCUAUCUUGUCGCCUGAUAUACAGCGACCAGAAGAGGCGAGGCGUUCAAGUAUCAUGCCCAGCGAUGCGCGCCGCUCCAGCAUCCUGCCCUCUUCAAUAUACAACACCUCAAACUACAGCCGCUCUCGGCGUUCCGUGACUGUCAACGACGACGAUGGCUCUCUCCUCAUGGUCAAAGCCCUCCAGCGACACCAACAAUCCAGAGACCUUUUCCGCUCCGACACUAAACGCCGCGAAAGCAUGGCACCACAAUUCAACGAGCUCUCUUUCGCCCGCGAAGAUCAAUAGGACGAGAUUCCUUGGCGAAGCCGGCCAGCAGGCCAUCACAGAGGAGGCUACAACUUUCCCUACAAAGAACGCAUCGGAACCGACCUCGUCUCCUGGGCCCGUUUCCCGUCGCACACCCGCACCGAACGAAGCCUUUCCGCCGGCCCCGCAGACGGUGUCACAACCCAAGACUGGGCCGCCAUCCGCAAUAAAACCGACGCAAUCCUCGGAAAACACGGAACAGGUCGGAAACCCAGCAAAGUCACAGUUUUAAAACACAUGUCCAAAAACAUCGCCAACGUCGCGCACUAUUACGCCACACUUCUCACAUCUCCUCGC